AUGGCUGCCGUGAGGAGCAUUGAUGGCCCCAUGCUGGCGGCCAACCGAUCGUUUGCAGAGCUGGUUUCUGCAGCCCCUCAUCCGAUUCCUGAUGUGCAGCUGCCACCAAGGGCCCAUAAAACCAUGGAUGGAGAAGUUUAUUUUUUGUUUUCAGAGGAGGAGAUGUUGAAGUCGGCUGAACCAUUUCGGUUCUCUCUGGUGCUAAAGUUCCUUAGGCAGAGACCAUCGUUGGAUGCGAUUAGGAUGUUCAUUAAAAAUAGAUGGGGCUUAUCUGGUAUGGCGGUGGUUUCAGCCAUGAGAAGGCCACAGAAUAUGUUUGUUCGGUUAACAUCGGAGGAGGAUUUUAACAAGGCAUUCUCGAGGGAAGCUUGUGACAUAAAUGGGGUGGUUUACCGUCCGUUUCAUUGGAUGCAUGAUUUUUCUGAGAAGGAGGAGCCAUCGGUGGUUCCCGUUUGGAUAUUUCUCCCUGGGUUAGCUCUGAAAUUUUAUCACCCAUCUAUCUUGAAAAGCCUCACGUCGGCUAUUGGAAAGCUUAUUCGGAUUGACAAUUCUACAAGGUGUGCUACUAGAACAGAUGGUGCAAGGGUAUGUGUGAUACCCCGUUUUUAA